CCAACAUUUUCCUCUUUUUUAUUUUAUCUUUCUGCUGGAACAAGAUGGCUGAUACUGACAGCAAGAUUGAAAAGAAAGAACCCACCACUUCGACUGAACACAUUAACCUGAAAGUGGUUGGCAGUGACAAUAACGAGGUGUUCUUCAAAAUUAAGCGUACCACCCAACUGAAGAAACUCAUGGAUGCCUAUUGUGAUCGUCAAGGCAAGAGCCCCAACUCUGUACGAUUCUUGUAUGACGGUAACCGUGUGCUGCCUACCCACACCCCUAACGAGUUGGAUAUGGAGGAUGGCGAUACUAUUGACGUGAUGGUCGAACAGAUUGGCGGUUUUUAAAGAACAAACCUGUUCUGUUUUGUGAUGGGUGGCAAUAUCAUUAUUAUUUUUCUUUUUUCCAGUCAUGCCAACUGUAAUUGAGCAUUGGUAUGCGACGAGCAUGACGAGCAUGUCGAUUCUCUUUUUCUCCAGACGGUCAUGAAAUCCAAGACAUUUGAUUCCAAUAAACCAAAAAAAGGGACACAUAAACAUCAUAUUGAAACACAUUUGAGUGUAUUUUUUUUUCACUAUUUUUCCCAAAAGAUGGUUCAUUUAGC